ACCCUUUUGUGUAUCAUUCUCUCGGGAUGGAGGAUACAUCGCAUAUAAUUCAGAGGGGGGAGAAGAUCCAUACAGCGACUUUUUUCGUAUGCAAAGGGUCCCUCUCCUCGUUCCCAGCGUCCUCGUGCUUCCUCGGUUCGCCGCCUCUGGAACUUCUUCUUCCCCUCUCGACAUCGUCCUACUGCAAGGGGGUCCAUUGCGAUGCAAUAGCACCCCAAACGCCGUCUCUUCCGGAAGAAAAAAGGCAAGCAAGAGUCUACGUAGCACCUCCCCCUGUGAAGACCGACUCGAAAGCUCAGACUAGUCAGUCGCCCUCAGCAGUAGCUCAGCCUGCAUCGCAGCCACAUUCGACCCCUCAGCGUCAGCCUGAGGUACAGACGGCGAUACAACAACCUACUCAAGAAGAAGACUAUGAUUGUUGAGGCAAUUUUUGCCUCGCACUUUGGUGUAU